AUGAACGGUCACAAUCAACUGGGCAGAGUUUCGAGCCCAGGACCUUCAAAUACUGAAGAAGAUUUGGCAUACCAAUACGCACUUCGCGUUGCAUAUUUAGCAUACUUGACUCAACCAAAAGUACCAAAGGCCAUCACAUCUUCCCCUACACCAGUACAUGCAAGACCUGCGUCCGACCCCACACCAAAGCGUCAAAGUGUUGUAGCUCCCGCAACCUUACAGUCUGCGGUCACUUCUCACUUGUCUGUGAUUGGUGACUUGUUCAAGGAUCCCGAUAAGAAGGGUCAUAAAAAUCUCAAGUUUCCAAAGGAGUUGAUUAAGGUAUUAAGGGAGAGGCUCGAAUUCAUCUUAUCAGGACGUGAUCCUAAUCCAAUUUAUAAAGAUCACUAUUUCAAGAACGAUCUUAUUAUUUUCUGUCAAGCUCUUCAACAGCCGGGGUUUCGUCAACAAUUCAAGGCAAAUAAUAGUAAAAUUGAGGAUAUCGUCCUUAUAUUUCUCAAGACUUCUCAGGGUGAACUAAAGCGGGCCCAAUUGCCACCAAACAUUACAUGGCAGAGUAAACUAACCGAGCAUGUUAGUAAGUUCGUCGGUAUAUUGAAAGAAUGUCUUAAAACUAAGGAAUGCAGUUCUUCUUCCACGCCCGAGUUGUUGGCCAGACUUGAAAUUUACCAAACAAAAAUGUCAACCUCACCGGCUACUGGAGGGGGGGGGGGGCACACGAGCGAGAAUGUUAGCGAUACCAUUGAUGAUAUGGCAAUGGUGAAAUUAGUUCAGUCUAUUUUUAAGGUCUCCACUAGUCAAGCUCAGAAAGACGUCAAUGCGAUAAAGAAGGAUUGCACGCUUCAAGCUGCACUGGAAGAUAUGAAAAAUAUUAUAAACCACAUAAAUCGAGGUGCACCCUUUCCCGCGCGUCGGGAAGAUUUUGAGACAGAUGAAGUUUAUAACAAUUGGAAAUCUAUUGAAUUAAAGACAGUCAAAGAACUCAUGUCUUCCUUGAUUAUAUUCACUCCGGGAUUAAAAGUGAACGAACCGACCGAACAACCAUACCCCCCCUACAAUCCAUCACAACAACAACCGUACCCUCCUUACAAUCCAUCACAACAACAACCGUACCCUCCUUACAAUCCAUCACAACCACCAUAUCCCCCUUCCAAUCAGUCGCAAAAACCGUACCUUCCGUCACAGCAACCUUACUCUCACAACACUUCACAUUCAUAUUCAUCCGUGGAAUCAAAAGAGCAGUCAGGCGAAGGUGGUUCAUUUACCUUUAUACCACCACAACCCCGAAGGUACUACAAGUUACUUAUGAACAAAUGUAUAGAGUAUGAAUUAUUGAAGCAACCCACGGAAAAUUCGGAUAAGAUUCUUUCUAAAAGCGUAAUAGAAUUACUGAAUGAAUGCGCUCUUCGUUGGAGAGUGUCGCCUGGGUUUCGGUGGCUACAAUAUUUGGAUGUUCUCAGAACAUAUUAUGACAAUGAGCGUCCGCCAAUUACAUUAGAUCACAUCAGAGAAGGAAUGAAUUUACUGAAGGACGCUACCAAAAAGCGAGAAGUGUCUACUUGGACUAUUAAUGAUCAAAGGGAACUCGUGGAAGUAUAUUCAGGCAUUCAUGAUUCUUUGCUAAGGGACAUGCGUGAGGCGCUUGAAUAUGUUUUUAAAAUCAAGCCUGAUCAAUUUAAUCCGAUGGUUCAACUGUUGAAUCUUAUUUAUGAGUCAGAGUUAUUUCGUUCAACGCAUUCUGAUAUUUCGAAAUUCUAUAAUGAUCUCCGAGAGAUUGUUGGGAAAGUUUCGGUCGACGUAUAUCAAACAAAAAGAGAAGAAAUAUAUGCCAAGCAGACCGCGAACGAAGUGCAAACCUUGAACUUAUUGGCGCAAUGGAUUCGGCAGGAAGUAGAAAAAAUGGAAAGCAAAUACCCGAAGCCAAUAAUAGAUCAGAUCGAUGUUGUACGCUUAAUAAUAGAAAAGCAGGUGCCGCUUCUAACUUUGGACAUGGAGAACGCGUCGAUAGAUAUUUUAAGUAAAGUUAAGAUGACUUCCGAGGAGGGUAUCCCUGUUGAAGACAUAUUUGACCUUUAUCGAGUGAUUCUUGAUCUCAAAGUGAAAUUUGAGGAACAUUCCGAUGCGACGUUUACAUUGGGUAUUCAGGAAUGGUUUGGACCUCAUGUUAAAAUGUGGCUAGAAUCCACCAAGAGUAAAACUUCGGAUUGGGUUACGACCGCGAUCAACGUGGACGAGUUCAAAGCUGUGAGCACGACGGACACGCACUCAUCCUCCGUAGUAGAUCUUUUCACAUCCUUCAACCAAACCAUUGACUUCAUCAAAAAACUCGAUUGGCCAAACAAAUAUCAAUCUGCACUCUAUAUGACCUCUAUGUCAGGGGCCAUCAGUGAAGCAUUGGAAAAAUAUUGUGAUGCUAUCGAGGAACGUUUUAAGAAAGAAAUGAUUCCUGAGGAGGACGCGGAGCAUGCAAUGUCAAAGCAAUCGAACUGGUACAUAAAAGCCAAAAACGCGAUAGCGGCCGAAAAAACCAUGCACAACGAUAUUAAACCCACGUCUUGUAUCAUGUUGAAUAAUAUCGAAGCAGCACGCGAACAAUUAGAUAAACUGGAUAAAGCGAUGGAGGUGGAAAAGUUAGUAUCGAUCUUGUAUAAAUCCGGGGAGACAACGGAAGCACCGGAAAGGAAUAAAUAUUUAUAUACAAUUAAAAUUGUGCUAGCCGAAAACUUGUUGCCAUUGGAUAACAACGGAUUGAGCGAUCCAUAUUGCGUCUUGACAGACGAGCAAGGCAAUCGUUUAGUCGAGACUCGUGUCAUAUUCGAAACCUUGAAUCCAAGAUGGGAUGAGGCGUUUGAUAUUUCCAUUGAUUCAUCAGAAGAUGUUACGAGAAAAUUGUGCAUCACCGUCUGGGACAGGGAUCAAGUCGGUUCUGAUGACGUUUGCGGAAGAGCUGGCAUCUAUUUGGAUCCCACUCAUUUUAACGACUACUUAACUCACGAUAUUUGGCUUGACCUUGACACUCAAGGGCGGGUUUUGCUGAGAAUAAGUAUGGAGGGAGAAAAGGAUGAUAUUAGAUUUUAUUUUGGCAAAGCUUUCAGGACGCUUAAACGUGCUCAAGACGACAUGAUCAGACUCAUAGUUGACAGGGUGUCACCAUUUUUGAGCCAAUGUCUGUCCCGUGAAGUUAUUACAAAACUGCUUAAACCAUCAGUUUCCAAUAGUUUCAAGCAAUUAUUCAAGGAAUCAGAUAAAACGAAAAAAUCGGGGCCUACAGAUGUUGAGAUUGAAAAGGCCAUAGAUCCGCUAUUCGAUUUCUUUGACUCAAACUUGAUGACCCUCAACGAAUACUUGCAUCCUGAAGUAUUCGAAAUGGUGAUAAGUCGUGUCUGGAAGAAGAUAGAAUCAUCGAUCGAGUCCUUAAUAUUACCACCUUUGUCGGAUCAUCCCUCGGACAUGAAACCUCUCACAGAUGGCGAGAUUGAUGUCGUUUAUAAAUGGCUCAAGUUUUUGAGACAAUAUCUUUAUAAUGAUGGAAUUGGUGUCCCUGUGGAAAUAUUAGAGAAUGCAAAAUAUCAGCAACUUUUCAAAAUGCAAAUGUUCUAUGAUAAUGACACCGAAAGUCUCAAGCAAGAAUAUCUUCGUUUACAAAUCGAAAAUUCGUUCAACCCCGCGAAGACUUCACUUCAUAUGAGCAAGUCGGUGCUGCACCAACGAAAUAUCGGUACAAUUAAAAAGCGUAAAAACGAGAAGCGCAAUAGAAAUUCGAAUGACGAUAGUGAAUUAAUACUCAGAAUUUUGAGGAUGCGACCGGGAACCAAAGCAUUUUUGAAGGAACAAAUGGAAGUAAGAAAUAGGAAUCUCGCACCAGCAUCAAUGAACGUUGCUGCCCAACAAGAUAUUCCGCCUGUUCCGCCAUUACGAAAUUCUCGAGCACAUUAA